CACGAUGGUUACUCACUUGUGGAAAAAAGGGAGUUAGAGGAAGAAAAAAAGGAAUGGGGAAGGAAAAAGCGACGGCGGUGGCGACGGAGGCAGAGGAGUUGCCAAAGACGAUCGUCCGGCGAGUCGUCAAAGAGAAGCUUUCUCAGAUUUCCACCGACGGCGGUGAUGUCACCCUUCACAAGGAAGCUCUCAUUGCCUUCUCCGAAAGCGCUCGCAUCUUCAUCCACUAUCUCUCCGCCACGGCGCAUGACAUAUGCAAUGACUCAAAUAGACAAAUCAUAAAUGCUGAAGAUGUGUUGAAUGCACUAGAGGAAGUAGAGUUUUCCGAGUUUGUUGAACCACUCAGGGCUGCCCUUGAUGAAUUUAAGAAAAAGGCUGCUGGAAAGAGAGCAGGGUCAGCAAAGGCAAAAGAAGCAAGCAAGAAGAGGAAAACAGAUGAAGAGACAGCUACAAAAAAUGUCAAAGCUGAAGUGACAGCCACGGAAAAUGGCGAAGAGGAAGAUACAGCUACAGAAAAUGGCAAAGAUGAAGAGACAGCGACAGAAAAUGGCGAAGAGGAAGAUACAGCUACAGAAAAUGGCAAAGAUGAAGAGACAGCCACGGAAAAUGGCGAAGAGGAAGAUACAGGUACAGAAAAUGGCGAAGAGGAAGAGACAGCCACGGAAAAUGGCGAAGAGGAAGAGACAGCCACGGAAAAUGGCGAAGAGGAAGAUACAGCUACGGAAAAUGGCAAGGAGGAAGAGAAUGAAGAUGAAGAAGAUGAGGAGGAAGAAGAAAGUGAAAACAAUGAUGAUAAUGAUGAUGAUGAUGAUUCUCCUGAUAGCUAAGUGUAAAAUCUGUUACCUAUAGCACUUUAUAUCUAGCUGACCUUCAGGCUAACACAUGGUGUAACAUAAACAAGGUGGGCAUAUAGGUGGAGAUGACUUGCAUGUAAUGGCUCAAUGUUUCUUCCUGUAUAACUACGGAUACUAGGCUAAUGGGAACAUAUAAAGUGCAUGGUUUUUCAAGGGGAAGUUAUUGCUGAAAUUCAAUUUUCAUUGUUGAA